AUGGAUAAAGCCAAGGACGCGCUAAAGAAAGGACUGGAGAAGGUGACCAAGCUGGACGAAGAGCCCCGGCAGGAAGACAGGAAGGAAGCUCUUGAGACGACGUGGCCGGCUCGGGAGCAGCACCCGGCCAUGACGGGCGGCCCCGACCCGCACCUUGGCAGGGCGGCGCAUUCCGGUGACCCGACCGGCCUGACUAGCAAGGACUCGCUGGGACAGCCGACCAACAAGCCGCGGCCUUGA